AUGGCCGCCCCCUCGCUUGCUUGCGCCUAUACACCACCGUGCUCCUCCCCACGCAGCUCCCACGGCGCCUCCACCACCUCCUCCUCCGCCGGACCGAAUCCUACCGCCUCCUCCAGCCCAGCACUGGUGCUCACCGCGCCAUGGCCGCCCCCUUGCUUGCACGCGUCGCUGCUCACCGCGCUAUGGCAGCCCCCCUCGCUUGCUCGCGCCGCCUAUCCACCACCAUGCGCUGCCUGCUAUCCGGCGUCUAUUUCGGCCGGCCGGCGGCCACCGUCAUGUGCUCCUGUUCUUCAGUAUUUUGACUAUUUUUUGUUUCCUUUCCUCACAUCAAUCGUACACAGCCCACUGCUUCAACCUCUGUGCAACGCCCAAUGCUCCAAUGGCCCACAUUGUUUAAUCUUCAUUGCCAUCACCGCAAAAAAAAAUGCUUCUCCUAAAACAGAAACAAAAAACCCUCCUGCUGCAGCCGAUGCCUCGCCCCCCAUCAUCCUCCAGUUGACACCAACCGCACUCAUACUGCUGCCGCUGGUGUUGGACGACUUGGAUGCCCAGUCAGUCAUCUUGAUUGUUCCUCCCUCGCUGCAUACACAGUCACCUCAGGUUUACGACUCCUGUUUCUUCUCGGCUACCUUGGGAUCAACCCUCCAUUUUCUUAUUGAAGGUUACUUCCCCCACAAGCUCCAGUCUGAAGGUUACUUCCCACACGCGCUCCAAUCUGAAGAACCCGAUUUUAUAGCACAUGCUCAUAUGUGCUUCCAUCAGGCUGCGUUUUGUGGGGUCGAUGCCUCCCCGAUCGAGGUCCAUGCUUCAAGUGGCUGGUGGAUAAAGCAACCUCGCGAGAUCCCAGUCCAUGGUGAUGUUGGGGUCUCGCUUCAUCUUCAUCUUAUGCACCACACAGCUGGCUCUUCGGUUAUUAUUGUUAGAGUUAUGUCGAAUAUUAUUGUACAAGUUAGGUUACAAUUGUCGUGUCCAAGUAGGACACUUGUAUCCUAGAUCUCUCAUAUAUAGCGGGGGUAGACACACGAUGUAACCUAUGCCAACAUAAUA